GUCUUUUCGGUGCUGUCCGUGGUUGGAGCUGCUGAGGGGGUACACGGUCACGCCAGUCUCUCUGCUGCAGAACUGCAAGUACUGGAACUUAAAAUGCUUUGCUACGUAACGCGACCUGACUUGGUGGUGAUGGAGUUGGAAGUUGAUGCGAAGGCAAACGGAGACGACUGCCUACAGAAGGUCUGUAGGCAGCUGGACAUCAUCGAGGUCGACUACUUUGGCCUGCAGUUCUGCGGCAGUAGAGGAGAGCGGUUAUGGCUGAACCUGAGAAACCCCGUCUGCCAGCAGCUGGACAGCUUGUCCCAAUGCCGACUGGAGCUUCGGGUUAAGUUUCUGGUGGAUCCACAUCUGAUCCUCCAGAAUCAGACUAGACACCUGUUCUUCCUCCAGGUGAAGGAGCAGCUGUGUUCAGGGAGUCUGCAGGUAGAGAACGAGCAGGCUGUGGAGCUGUGUGUCUUGAUGGCUCAGGCUGAAUAUGGAGACUUUAGCCCCCCGUCAGACCAGUACAGCCAACUUUAUCAACAACUCCUCAGACACCAGCCUGACAACAUUACCAUCAACAGCAUCAUGGAGAAGCACAGGCAGCUGGAGGGGAGGAACCCAGCCUCAGCAGAGUAUUCUGUCUUGCAGCUUGUGGCGUCUGCAGAGCACUAUGGGGUGGAGUGGCACCGCGCCCGCGACUCAGAGGGACAGGCGCUGUCUGUGGGUGUGGGGCCCGAGGGCAUCGUCACCUGCCAAGAGGACCUCAGUGUCACUAAUAGGAUUGACUAUUCCCUCGUCCAGAUAGCCACCCAGACAGGAAGGAAUGUUUAUUUGACUGUUGCCAAGGACAACGGAGAAAGUGACAUCUUCUUGUUCAAGAUGGUCAGCAGCAGAGCAGCUGGAGGGCUCUACCGCUCCCUGACUGAGACACACACCUUCUACAGGUGUGACACGGUGGGGGAGGACGUAAGGCUGCAGUACAGUCGUGACUUCACCGGGCACUUUGCGGCCCUCUUCAACCACAACAUCCCGCUGGGCCGGAAGUACUUGUUUGAUGUCAGUCGCACCGCCAAAGAAGCCUACGACCACGCGCGCCGGGUGCUCUACCACGCCAACAGGGGAAUUCAGACCACCUCCCCCCCGGCCAGCCCAGAAGUCGGAGGGGACUCGGAGUGUGAGGGGUGCAAGCAGAGCCGGGCCCUGGAGGAGGUGGUGCUCCGCCUGCGGGAGGCACUGCUGUGUGUGGUGUGCUGUCAGGAGGAGAUCGAUGCUGCCUUCUGCCCUUGUGGCCACCUGGUCUGCUGCCAGAGCUGCGCUGCCCAGCUGGAGGUGUGCCCAGUGUGUCGCUCAGAGGUGGACAAGGUUCAGCACGUAUAUCUACCCACCUGUGCCAACUUAUUGAACCUGGCUUUGCCCAACCCUGCCACUAUCAGCACUCACACAGAACGGACCAAUCACAUCAACACUUCAUCUGCAGCAGCAAAUUUCAUUUACGGCUCCACGGGAAUGGCCAAUCAUAUCUAUGCCUCGACAGAGAAGGUCUGCACAGCCUAAGGACAAUUCCUCAGGACAAAAAAUGACGCCCAAAACCUACCAGACACAACCAGACCACCCAGUGCCUGUCCUAGGCCUGUAUGUGCUGAAACUCCAUAAACCGUAUCAGUGGUUAAGAACAAUCAACUUUUAUUUAACUUUUCACAAACAUUUCAAACCAUGAGACUGAAAGACAAACAUCUACUGUAUCCUCUCUCAUCCUUAAAUAUUCAUUUCAAGUUUAAGUUUGCCAACCAUUACUAACCAUUUAACUCCAGAGGAUUCUGUACCAGACUCAAAGCACUGAUAAGAAUCAUUGCAACGAUCCGGACUUUGUUAUUCUGCCGGUCACACUCCAUAAUACUCAACUGUCCUGUUUGUAUGUACAGUAUCAUUUGUACACAAUGUCAUCUAGUACUAGUCAGCCACUGUAUUCUUUGUCUAUGCUACUUUUCUUGAACUGUGUGAGAUUGGAUGUUACCUCAGGUUCAAACUGGGCUUUAGUUACAAGGUGGUACGAGCAUGGCUGAACCAAGCUAAACACGGUCCGUUUACUUUCAUAUCGUCAAAGUAGUAUCAAUAAAGUUACUUCAGAAACCAA